AAGGCGGCUCCCAGUCCCGCACCCGAAGGCGGCUUCUAGUCCCGCGCCCGGCUCCGCUCCCCUGCCUCAGCCCCGGCCCCGGCCCGCGAUGACUCCCGCCGAGCAAAACGUGACCUGGCUAAUCGCGCUCGGGGUGCUGGAGUCCCCGAAGAAAACGCCGUCCGACCCCGAGGGCUUCCUGCAGAGCGCGCUGCGGGACGGGCUGGUGCUGUGCCGGCUGCUGGAGCGCCUGGCGCCCGGCUCCCUGGACAAGGUGUGUGCCGAGCCCCGCACCGACAGCGACAGUUGCGGCAACAUCCGCGAGUUCCUGCGCGGCCUCGGCGCUCUGCAGAUCGAGCAAACGUUCGAUGUCUAUGACCUGUACAAGGGGCAGAACUUCAACAAGGUUUUGACCACCCUUUCAGCACUUAACAAGGCCACGGAAGAGCGAGGCAGUGGAAGGACAUGCUCCUCAUUUUCACACAAUCACAGUAGCUCUGCUAAUUCCUCGAGCAGCUCUCAAGCCCCAGCCACUAAAGCAGCCAGGAGUCUGCGGAGGCAGUCAAAGCACUUGGAGAUGACUGAGAAUGGGAGCCAUCAGAUGGUGGUGAAAGCCAAGUUCAACUUCAAGCAGAACAACGAGGACGAGCUCUCGUUCUCGAAAGGCGACAUUCUUUAUGUCACUCGAGUUGAAGAUGGAGGAUGGUGGGAAGGCUCGUUCAAAGGAAGGUCAGGAUGGUUCCCCAGCAACUAUGUUCGGGAGAUAAAAGCCAGUGAUAAGCCACUUUCCCCCAAGUCCCUGAAAGGACAUGAGACACCUUCUGUUACAAAGAAUUAUUACAGUUUGGUUAUACAGAAUAUUUUGGACAAUGAACACGAUUAUGCAAAGGAGCUGCAGGUGCUGCUCAGCACCUACCUGCGAUCGCUGCAGGCCAAUGACAAGCUAUCUGUUGUGGACAUCACUGCACUGAAAGGAAACAUGGAAGAAAUUUACUUGUUUCAGCAAAGCCUUUGCCAGACUUUAGAAGAAUGUGCAAAGUUGCCAGAUGCUCAGCAGAAGGUUGGUUGCUGCUUCCUGAAUCACUUGCCUCAGAUGAAGUCGCUGUACCUCGCAUACUGUGCCAACCACCCUACAGCUGUGAGUGUACUCACCGAGCACAGCGAGGAGUUGGACAAGCUGAUGGAAAGUCAAGGAGCCACCAGCCCAGGGAUCUUGAUGCUAACAACGAGCCUCAGCAAACCCUUCCUGAGACUGGACAAAUACCCAGCACUGCUGCAGGAGCUGGAGCGCCACAUGGAGGAAUCUCAUCCUGACUAUCCUGAUAUUUUAAAAGCCAUGUCAUCGUUCAAAAAUCUAGUGACUCAGAGUCAGGAGCUGCGGAAGAGGAAGCAGCUGGAACUGCAGAUCCUCUCUGAGCAAGUUCAGGGCUGGGAGGGUGAAGAUAUCAAGUCCCUUGGAAACGUCAUCUACAUGUCUCAGGUCAUGGUGCAGUGUGGGGCAAGCGAAGAGAAGGACGAGAGGUACUUCAUGCUGUUUCCCACCGUGUUGCUGAUGCUGUCAGCAAGCCCCCGCAUGAGUAGCUUCAUCUACCAGGGUAAAUUACCAUUGACGGGAAUGACUGUAACAAAACUGGAGGAGAAUGAGAGCUUCCAUCACACCUUUGAAAUUACAGGUAACAUGAUUGAGCGGAUUCAGGUGUGCUGUGGCAGCAGUCAGGAGCAGCAGGACUGGGUAGACAGUCUACUGAUGGUCACCAAAGGCACCGUCCCGGGAUCGGCCACCACCAAACCCCUGCCCAUCACCGCAUCGCCGCAGCACGGAGAGAGCAAGCAGCCUCCAGCGACCCCUUCUCAUCAACCCCUCACCUAUUCACCUCCCCAGUCCUUCAGCACCACCGUGCAAAGCAGAGGUCCCCUGGAGCCGCCCAGGUUGCCCAGGCCUUGGACUCUGAGCUGCCUGAGACCUGCACCCCCACUGAGACCAUCGGCUGCAUUAGGCUGCAAGGAGAGGAUGUCUUAUAUUUUAAAGGACUCCAGCAAGAGCCCCAAGGCAGUGAAAAAAUUCCUCACCAAACGGAAGACUGAACGGAAAACCUCAGACGAUGAAUACAUUUUGCGUAAAAGUACGGCCGCCCUGGAAGAAGAUGCACAGAUACUAAAAGUCAUCGAGGCCUACUGCACCAGCGCCAACCUACAGCAGGCUCAUAGUUCAGUUUGUCGCAAGGACUCGGCUCCACAGGUUCUGCUUCCAGAGGAGGAGAAAAUAAUUGUUGAAGAAACCAAGAGUAACGGGCAGACGGUCAUAGAAGAGAAGAGUCUGGUGGACACGGUUUAUGCUCUGAAGGAUGAGGUUCAGGAGUUGAAGCAGGAAAACAAGCGAAUGAAGCAAAGUCUGGAGGAGGAGCAGAAAUCCAGGAAAGAAUUAGAAAAAAUGAUCCGAAAAGUGCUGAAGCAACUGAACGAGUCUGCAUGGGAUGAGAGCAGCCACUAAAGCUGCCAGUGCUGUCCUCUCCGCAGACUGACACAAGCAGUGACGGGCACGGAUUUCACGACUGUCUGAUGCACUGGGGCAGCCUUGGCUUAUUGACGGACUGGCAGUGACUGAGAAGCAGCAGAGUUGGAAUCUGAUGGGCAAACCUGCAGGUGUGGGGAGAGAAAUACCACCAGGAAGCGGGCAUCGCCUUCCAAACCACCACACCGCCUGCUCCACUCAGCACAGUACGCUGCCGGCGUUGGCUUUCAUAACGUGGUGCUUGCAAAUUGUUAAUGACUGACCUGUGGAGUGACUCUCCGGACCACACCACGGGAUGUGCAGUGGGGUAGCAGCUCACUCACAGUGUCCUCGAUGGCACCGCUAAAAUGCCAGGUGCUGUACUGGAGUGGCACCUGUCAACACCUUCACCUGCACAAACCACUGGACUUUAAGCUGUACACAUGCGUUUUCAGGGACAACUGAGGUCUUGGAGUUCCAUGCUGGAGCUUGUUUAUUUAUGUGUUUUUGUAUUAAGUGGGUCUCUGUUGUCACGUGACCUCUCCCCACAGAGGAGCAGGUGUGGUCCAGUAACAAUGCUGCAUCUAAUGCAUGUGCUGCUCCUGCCUCCACCUCUCUAGAGUAUGUACAUAGUAAGCUCUUUUUGAACUGGCCACAGCUCUCUGCCCGUUCCUGCAUAUUACAGGACCGUGUUUCAUGUAUAAAGGUCACAGGCAGCUGAGGUUCCCUCGUCCUGCUGUCAGACUAAACUGUAGGAGUUAUUAAAGCAAACACAAUCUCGGUUUCCAAUUGGUUGAGUAAUGACUGGCAAGGAACCCGGAAAGCAUCAGGAUUGUUUGGCAAUAACAGCGUGACUGCCAAAGAUGCCGCUUGAACUGUGCUGUGGUUACAGUGUCAGAAUGCUCCAUUCAUGGGUGGGACUGAGACGCAGUGCGCUCCACGUCACUGAAAUGGAGCUUCUACCCAGCACUGGCUCAGCGUGACCGAGGCAAUGUCCAGUCGUUUCACACCAGGGCUGGACAUGGAGUGUGUGGUCAGUGUGACCAUCACUGGAUAGGGAGUAUUUGGUCAGUGUGUCCAGGGCUGGACAAGGACUGUGUGGUCAGUGACCAGGGCUGGACACAGACUAGGAUGGUCUGUGACCGCUGGAUGUGGAGUGUAUGCUCAGUGUGACCAUGGUCAGAUAUGGAGUGUGUGGUCAGUGUGACCAUCACUGGACAUGGACUGAUGGUCAUUGUGUCCAGGGAUGGACACAGAGUGUGUGGUCAUUGUAAGCAGCCUCUCGAUUCUGCUUUGAGCCUAGUUGUGUGUACCCGAUUACAUUGGGAUUAAGCAAGCAGGCCUGGGAUUAAAGCAGAGGAGAGAGCCUUGAAUCAGCAGCCAGUGAGUGUCUAUGGAAUCCUCAGUCCCAGCACACUCACACACCAGUGGGAAACUCUUUUAUAAACAGCCUCUUUUUAUAAAGCUGAGUUGUCCAUUCCCUCAGCUUCCCUUGUAAAUAAAUAGCUGUUUUAUUUUGGCAGGAAAUGACACCACUUGAUUCUACAAAAUUCUUGUACUGUUGACUGAAUUUUUUUGCUGUUCGCUUCGAUACGAUUAAAUUGAUUUUUUGAAUGGGU